UCCAAUUGAUGUCUUCUUUUGCAAAACAUUUCAUUAACAUUUCUAGCACGACACGGACAAGGUUGUGUCAAAACCAAAUGAAGACAGGUCUGAUAAGAAUUUUUAUUUGUUAUUCAUAAAAACUCUACGUGUCUUUUCUUAAUGUACAUGAUAUAAAGUUAAUGAUUCUUUUCUCGUUUUCAUCAGAUUAGAAGGCGCGCCUCUGGCGCGUCUCACGAGUUUACAUUUAAAACUAAAAGCACCCCUUUAUGUUUAGGGAAAAUUAUAUACUAUAAAUGCGGUUGUUAUUUGUCGCGUACGUCGACUAGUCGCCAACAUGAAGCUGAGUGAACAAUAUUUUAGCUAUAUAAGACGGCUGAUGAUUGUCGCCGGAAUUUGGAACAUAGAAAGGAAAUCAAAGAAAAAAUUUUACACAGUAUAUUCUAUAAUAAUGCAGACGGUGUAUGCUUCACAAAUUAUUUCUUAUUCUUUGGAUGUGCCUUCAUUACUCAAAAGUAACCAGACGGAAGCUUUUAGUAACAUCGGAGUUAUAAUAUUCUUCGCUAUCAUAAUCACCAAAAUGUUAAUGUGCCAAUCGCAACCGAUCGUCAAGUUACUCCGUAUUGCCAUAAAACCCGACUUUCCAGCCGUUAAAGACCUCAACGUGGAAGUAAAGGCUAUAUACAAAAAACAAACGAAGCUUAAUAAUUUCUUGAUCACAAUCGUAAUAGGGUCUAUGACGAUUGUAACAGUCAGUUUCGCAGUGUUUGGCGACUUUAACUGCUACAAGUAUUUCAAGCAAUACAGUAAUGCAACGGAUAAACCCAUCCUUCUAAACUAUUGGUAUCCUUUCGAUACCAAUAAAUACUAUGCGGUUGUCCUCGUAGACCAGCAUAUCAGACUAACUCUGGGCGCGUUUGGUAUUGCCACAGUGAACGCCUUCGUAAUCUGCAUAAUUAUCUUCGUGAGGCUCCAGCUUCAGUUGCUGCAGUAUGGUUUCAGGAACUUCGACAAGCUGACGCGACAUAAAAACAAUGCAGAAGGCGCAAGCGUGCUAAAACAGUUAUGCCAAAAACAUUUGGAUCUGAUCGGCUUUAUCGCAGACCUAAACCAAUCCUUUAGUGUUAUAGUAUUUAUAGAGUACAUGAUAUCAUCGAUUACGUUUGCGGCACAGAUUUUGCAAAUCAUCGACGGGGGUGAAAAGCUUUUAUUUGCUUGCGGAACAUUGUUCUACACGAUUAUGCAACUACUUAUAUUCUCUUGGAGUUCUAAUGAGAUUAUCGUUCAAAGCAAAGAAUUGGCUACAGCCCUUUUUGAAAGUAACUGGUACGACUAUGACAAAGCAAUCAAAGUGAUGGCGCAUAUAAUGAUAAUGAGAUGCCAGAAACCGCUAAGCUUGACGAUCGGUAGAUUCGGUGUUAUGAAUUUGGACGUCGGAGUUUCGAGAAAAUUAUGCACUAUAAAUGCGGUUGUCAUUUGCAGCCUUCGUGGAGUAGUCGCAAAUAUGACGCUGAGCGAAAAAUAUUUUAGCUAUAUAAGACGGCUGAUGAUUGUCGUCGGCAUUUGGAACAUAGAAAAAGAAAUUUCUCAAUCGAAGAAAAAAUUUUACGCUGUAUAUUCUAUAAUAAUGCAGACGGUAUGUGCUUCUCCGAUUGUUUCUUAUACUUUGGAUGUUCCUUCAUUACUAAAAAGUAACCAGACUGAAGCUUUUAGUAUCAUCGGAGUGAUAAUAUUCUUCGCUAUCAUAAUCACCAAAAUGUUAAUGUGCCAAUCGCAAUCGAUCGUCAACUUAAUCCGUAUUGCGGUACAGCCCAACUUUCAAGCCGUUAAAGACCUCAACGUGGAAGUAGAGGCCAUAUAUAAAAAACAAACGAGGCUUAAUAAUUACUUGAUCACAAUCGUUAUCGGGUCAAUGACGAUUCUAGUAGUUAGCGUCUCAGUGUUUGGCGACUUUACCUGCUACAUGUAUUUCAAGCAAUACAGUAAUGCAACGGAUAAACCGAUGCUUCAAAACUAUUGGUAUCCUUUCGAUACCAAUAAAUACUAUGCGUUAGUCCUCGUAGAACAGCAUAUCAGAGUAACUCUGAGCGCGUUUUGUAUUGCCACAGUGAAUGCCUUCGUAAUCUGCAUAAUUAUCUUCGCGAGGCUUCAGCUUAAGUUGCUGCAGUAUGGUUUUAGGAACUUCGACAAGCUGACGCGACAUAAAAACAGUGCAGAAGGCGCAAGCGUGCUGAAACAGUUAUACCAAAAACACUUGGAUCUUAUCGGCUUUAUCGCAGACCUCAACCAAUCCUUUAGUUUUAUAAUAUUUAUAGAGUACAUGAUAUCAUCGAUCACGUUUGCGGCACAGAUUUUGCAAAUCAUCGACGGGGGUGAAAAGCUUUUAUUUGCUUGCGGGGCGUUGUUCUACACGAUUAUACAACUACUUAUAUUCUCUUGGAGUUCUAAUGAGAUUAUCAUUCAAGUAAGCAUUUUUUUCCACAAUUCUCAACGUUCGAGUGUAUACCGUUCAUUCAAGAGCAAAGAAUUGGCUACAGCCCUUUUUGAAAGUAACUGGUACGACUAUGACAAAGAAAUCAAAGUGAUGGCGCAUAUAAUGAUAAUGAGAUGCCAGAAACCGCUAAGCUUGACGAUCGGUAGAUUCGGUGUUAUGGAUUUAGAUGUCGGUGUUUCCCGACUGAAACUGGCCUAUUCCUACACAUCUGUUAUGACAAGCGGAGAUUAGUAAGAAUAAAACCACGCAGUUAGAGAUAAUCAGGAAGUUUAGUUUAUUUUUUGUAAUGUUUUAUAUGUUUGUAAUUUAACAAUAAUAAAAACUAUG